CGGGGUCUACGGAAGCCCGUUGGUGACUGCGAACGAAACAGGAAGCGAUCUCCGGCUUCUGCGCGCGUGUAGAGUGAAAUUUUAACUAAUCGGUGACCAAGGUCAAGAGUUGUGGACUCGAGAUCUUCGGCCGCUGUAUGCAAGGCUACCUCAUGGCCGGCUUGAUUAACUUUGAGGACGAACAGGAGGUGAAGCAGUUUUUGGAUAACUUAGGAGUGGAGUACAGUUAUCAGUGUCACCGGGAGAAGGACCCUGAAGGCUGUCAGAGGUUGGCGGAUUAUCUGGAGGGCGUGAAGAAGAACUACGAGUCCGCCGCCCAGGUUCUCAAGAACAACUGCGAGGUCAAUGGCCACGGAGAGAGCUGCUAUAAGCUCGGCGCCUAUCAUGUCGCCGGCAAAGGUGGUGUGACGAAGUGUUUAAAGACCGCAUACUCCUGUUUUAUGAAGGCAUGUAACAGCAAAGGGAAGAAGUCGAUGGAUGCCUGUCACAACAUAGCUCUGCUUGCCCACGACGGGCGAGCCUUGGAGGGGGGGGUCGAUGCGAAGGCGGCUCGGCGGUACUACGAGAAGGCCUGCGAGGGAGGCUUCGCCCCCAGCUGUUUUAACCUGAGCGCCCUUUUGAUCCAGGGCUUUCAAGGGGUGGAAAAAAACAUGCCGCUGGCUCUGAAGUACGCCCUGCGAGCCUGCGAGCUAGGACACGUGUGGGGCUGCGCCAAUGCCAGUCGCAUGUACAAACUGGGCGACGGGACACAUAAGGAUGAUCGGAAAGCAGAGGAGCUGAAGAACAGGGCCAGUGAACUCCACGGACAGCAACAAGAACGCCAGCUGAAAUUUGGGGAGUGAGAGAUCAUUGCCAGUUCACGCCCCAACCCCCACUCCCCCCCCGAACUCA